GGGGGAUGUUCCACAGGUUCCGACAUCCUGGAUUUUCAGCCAUUUCGAGGAUAUUUCAAGACAAACGCAACAUUUCUUCGGGUGGAUUUUAUUUUGUUUAGGCACCUGAUUCUGUUGGAGUUAAUCUUACAUCCGGAAACCCUGCUGACCACCAAGAGAAGUUCAAGCCCCUCAUGAUCCAACUCCAUUUCCACCUGAGUGGCUGAAGAUUCAAGGAACAAACAAUGGAUCCAAACCUGUAUGGAGGAGUCCCCAGGUUUCUGACUCGCCCAAAGGCGUUCUCGGUGAGUGCAGGCAGAGAUGCCACUCUCAGCUGCACCAUCGUGGGCAGUCCGACCCCACUGAUCACCUGGGAGAAGGACAAGUUGAAGCUGACAUCUGGGGGACGCUUCAAGACAGUGGAGGAUGGGGACGUGUACAGCUUGACCAUCUACGACUUAACGCUGGAGGAUGGCGGACAGUACAUGUGUCGGGCCAAAAACAGCGUUGGGGAAGCUUAUGCUGCUGUAACCGUUAAAGUGGCUCUGCCUACAGAGAUGGCUCAGAGGGCCCCCGUGUUCAUGGUGAAGCCCAUCUCUGCACGUGUAGGUUUGGGAGGUGAUGUCUUGUUUUACUGCAAGGUUGCAGCUCACCCUGAGGCCAACUUCGACUGGGAAAAGGAUGGGCGCUACCUGGGGGAGUCAAACCGCAUCAAGAUUGUCUCUGACAUCGACAGCAGCACUUUGAAGAUCCAAAGCGUACGAAACCUGGACAGUGGCACCUACACCUGCAGAGCCCAGAACACUGCUGGCCGUGCACAUACUGCUGCAGCUCUUGUCGUUGAUGCCCAGGAUGCCCGCUUCCUGGCGGCAGAUAAGAACACCUCCCUUCUCUCUCACCUCCAAAAGCGCAAAGAGGAAAUGAAGAAGGACAUCUCCAUCUAUCGCACUGAAGAGAACAGAUCCUCGGUUUCUUCUUCUACCACAGCUAACAUCACAGAUAGUUUGAGUUCUCUGAGUCUGGAACAUGAGCUGAGGGCAUCUGUGCUGGCAAAGCUGCCCAAAGGUGUAUUCACCCGUACCUGCACAGUGACUGAGGGCAAGCAUGCCAAACUUAGCUGCUUUGUGACUGGUCACCCUAAACCCCACAUUAUCUGGAGGAAGGAUGGAAUGAACAUCGGUGAAGGCCGCAGGCAUGUCAUUUAUGAGGACCAGGCUGAGAACUUCAUCCUCAAGGUCCUGUACUGCAAGCAGACGGAUAACGGUCUCUACACCUGCAAUGCAACCAAUAUGGCCGGGCAGACCUACAGUGCUGUGUUGGUGACAGUCAAAGAGCCUAAAGUGCCGUUCAGGAGGAAGUUGCUGGACAUGGAGGUACAGGAGAAAACAUCGGCCACACUGAUGUGUGAGGUGCCUGUUGUUGCCACCCAGGCCAACUGGUUCAUGGAGGAAACGAGGCUGGAGCAAUGUACCAAAUAUCGCAUGGAGGAGGAGGGCACCCUGCGUCGUCUCACCAUACACAAUGUCACCACCAACGAUGACGGUGUUUACAUCUGCGAAAUGAAAGAAGGCAGUCGCACCGUGGCCGAGCUCACUGUUCUGGGCAAUAUUACCAAGAAGCUCCCCCGGCGGACGGUGGUUCCUGUCAGCGAUACUGUCAUUUUCUGUGUCGAGCUGGAGCAUCCCUGCCCGGAUGCCUACUGGACCCGCAAAGGGGAGAAGCUGAAGGAAGAUUCCCGAAUUUCCAUCGCCUGUGUGCUAAGACAGUACACGCUCACCAUAAGAGAUUGCCAGGCUGAAGACUCAGGAGAAAUUGCCUUUGUGGCUGGAGACUGCAAGACGUCCACUCGAUUCACUGUAACUGCUGCAAGGAAGCACCCCCCCGAUCCCCCAGUGGAUGCCGUGGUGCUGAACAAGACUGACUCAUCCAUCACCAUUCGGUGGUCUCCUCCUGACAGCGAUCGCCCCGUGCCCAUUAAGUGCUACAUUGUAGAGAGGAGGAAGGUUGGCACUCAGACAUGGCAGAGGUGCAACGCUGGAGAAACCAUUGUUUCCACAGAGAUCACCGCCUGCAACUUCACAGAAGAAGCCAGCUUCCAAUUCCGUAUCUCUGCCAUGAAUGACUUUGGCCAGAGCCCCCACCUGGAGGUGCCUGGAAGCUUCUACCUCGAACCCACUGCAGAGAUAAGGAAAGGCUUGAUGAACAGCACUGCAAUCUCUGGCGAGGAGUUCUCUGUCGCCAUCGAGUUGUCUGCUGUUUGUUCUGGUUUCUGGUACAUAAAUGGCCACCUCCUGCGUAGUGGAGCUGAGUACCUCAUCACCAGGUCCAAGACCACACACACUCUGCUCAUCCGUGUUAUGACCAUGGAAAUGAAUGGAGCUGAAGUCAAGUUUGUUGGUGGAGGCUCACAAAGCAGUUGCAUCUUAUCUGUGAAGGCCCCUCGUGUUAGGUUCACGAACAAGUCAGAUCUGACAGAGGUGGUGGCCUGCACUGCCCAAUCCACCGCUCAGCUGACUGCUGAGGUGUCGGAUUACGAAACACAGGUGGUUUGGAUGAAGAACGGACGAGAGGUGAAAAUGGGCAAGAAGUAUGAAUACAUCAUCAACGACCGCAAGAGGAUCCUGAUAGUACACAAUGUUUCUGAGGAGGAUGUGGGCAUCUACGAGUGUGUUUUAGCUGAUGACAAGAUGUCCCUGCAACUCUCUCUUAAAGAUGAACCUGCCAAGUUCCUGAACAAGACCAGAGGUGCCAUGGGACUUUCAUCAUCUCUUAAAGGAGAUCUUGAGCUGAGUUGCGAGGUAUCUCCUGCCAGCGCUGCCGUUGUGUGGAGAAAAGAUCAGGUGGAGAUCACUGAGGACCAAAGAACUGCCAUGAUCUCCAAAGGGACUCAAAGGAAACUCGUCAUCAAGAACGCCAAGAAAAGUGACGAAGGACAUUACUCCUGUGAGACGGCAGCAGACAAAGUCACAUUCCAGGUCAAGAUAAAAGAAACUCAAGCCGUUGCUGCUUUCUCCAACAAAGAGUCAGUCCAGAAAGAGGUGAAGGCCACUCUCUCGCAGAAAGCAACUCUUAGUUGCAGUGUGUCUGAUAGCAAGACAGAGGUCAAAUGGUAUAAAGAUGGCAAGCAGCUGAUAUCCAGCAGGACCAUAUACUCAGAAAUAAAAGGCAGUGCCCGUCAGCUGGUGUUUGAAAAGGUGGAGAAGAGUGAUGCUGGAGAAUAUACCUGUGAAGCUGGUGGGGAUAAGCUGGUCUUCAAGAUAUCUGUUUCAGAGGCCCAGGCAGCCUUCUUCAACAAAGAGUCAGUCCAGAAGGAGGUGAAAGCCACUCUCUCCCAGAAAGCUAUUUUAAGCUGUGAGGUAGCAGAUAGCAAGAGAGACGUGAAGUGGUACAAGGAUGGCAAGCUGCUGACCUCCAGCAAAACAAUCCAUGCAGAGUCGAAAGGUCAGAGUCGCCAGCUGGUGAUUGACAGUGUGGAGAAGAAGGAUGCUGGAGAGUACAUCUGUGAAGCCGGGACAGAGAAACUUGCUUUUAGGAUUCAUGUGGAAGAGCCGCRGUCAUUCUUCUCCAACAAAGAGUCUGUCCAGAAGGAGGUGAAAGCCACUCUCUCCCAGAAAGCUAUUUUAAGCUGUGAGGUAGCAGAUAGCAAGAGAGAGGUGAAGUGGUACAAGGAUGGCAAGCUGCUGACCUCCAGCAAGACAAUCCAUGCAGAGUCGAAAGGUCAGAGUCGCCAGCUGGUGAUUGACAGUGUGGAGAAGAAGGAUGCUGGAGAGUACAUCUGUGAAGCCGGGACAGAGAGACUUGCUUUUAAGAUUCAGGUGGAAGAGCCACAGUCGUUCUUCUCCAACAAGGAGUCUGUUCAGAAGGAGGUGAAAGCAACGUUCUCCCAGAAAACCACUCUGAGCUGUGAGGUUUCUGAUUCCAAGACAGAGGUGAAAUGGUACAAGGAUGGCAAGCUGCUGACUUCUAGCAAGACUACCCAUACAGAGUCUAAGGGCAAAAGUCGCACGCUGGUUAUCGACAGCGCUGAGAAAAAGGAUGCUGGAGAGUACAUGUGUGAGGCUGGGACUGAGAAGUUGGUCUUCAAACUCCAAGUGCCAGACACACAGAUCCAAUCAGCGUUCUCUAACAAGGAGUCAGUCCAGAAAGAGGUGAAAGCCACUCUCUCACAGAAAGCCAUUUUAAGCUGUGAGGUAGCUGAUACCAAGACAGAAGUGAAAUGGUACAAGGAUGGUAAGCUUCUCACUUCGAGCAAGACAAUUCAUGCAGUGUCAAAGGGCAAGAGUCGCCAGCUGGUGAUGGACAGUGUGGAGAAGAAGGAUGCUGGAGAGUACAUCUGUGAGGCUGGGACAGAGAAGUUGGCCUUUAAGAUUCAGGUGGCAGAGAUUCAAGCCAAAUCUGCCUUCUCCAACAAGGAGUCCGUCCAGAAGGAGGUGAAGGUCACUCUCUCACAGAAAGCCAUUUUAAGCUGUGAAGUAGCGGAUACCAAGACAGAGGUGAAAUGGCACAAGGAUGGCAAGCUGCUGACCUCUAGCAAAACAGUUCAUGCCGAGUCAAAAGGUCAGAGUCGACAGCUGGUGAUUGACAGUGUGGAGAAGAAAGAUGCUGGAGAGUACAUCUGUGAGGCUGGGACUGAAAAAUUGGCCUUUAAGAUUCAGGUGGCAGAAGCCCCGGCUGGCUUCUCGAACAAGGAGUCCGUCCAGAAGGAGGUGAAAGCUACUCUCUCCCAGAAAGCCACCUUGAGCUGUGAGGUCUCUGAUUCCAAGACGGAAGUGAAGUGGUAUAAGGACGGCAAGCUGCUGACUUCCAGCAAAACAGUUCACAUGGAGCUAAAGGGCAAGAGUCGUGAGCUGGUGAUUGAAAAAAUUGAGAAAAAAGAUGCUGGAGAAUACACUUGUGAGACUGGAACAGAGAAGCUGGUAUUUAAGCUGCAUGUGACAGAAGAAGCUGUCAAGUUCCAGAAGAAGUCGGUCAAAGAUACAUGUAUUGUUCAAGCAAGUGAAAACAUUGUUUUGACCACUGAGCUGACCACGGAGAGUGGAAGUGUGAAGUGGUUUAGAGACGGUGUGGAGAUCAAAGAGAGCAGAAAGUAUGAAAUUAAAAAAGAUGGACGUUGUCGUACCCUGAUAGUAAAUUCCACUGAAACUAAAGACAGUGGAACCUAUUCCUGUCAAACUGCUAAUGACAAACAGGAGUUCAAAGUUCAGGUUAGAGAAUCAGCUUUGAAGUUUUCUGUCCCCUUGAAGUCUGUCGAUGUGGAGUUGGGUGGUACACUUAGUCUGAUGUGUGAACUCAAUCAAGCCUCAGGGGAUGUUGUCUGGCACCAUAAUGGUCGUGAGAUUAAACCUGGAGGAAGGAACUGUGUCAGGACAGAUGGUGCUAAGCGGGUCCUCACUGUGACUGGCAUGACUAAGGAAGAUGAAGGAGAAUACAGCUGUGAAUGUCGAAAUGACAAGACCACUGCCAAAAUCUCCUCUAAAGUGCCCAGAGUAGUGAGGCUGACUGCCAAACUCAACAAUGUUGCUGCAAUGGAGGGAAAAGAAGCCGUCUUCAAGUGCGCUGUCACCCCAGCAGACACCAAUGUCAAGUGGUUCCACAACAGCAUACCCAUCACUGCCGGGCCAAAGUAUAAGCUAGACCAUGGUGGCAACACUCACUCACUCACCAUAACCUCUGUCACACAAAAAGAUGCCGGAGAGAUUUCCGUUGAUGCAGAAGGCAAAAGCUGCAAAGCUACCUUACAAGUGCAACAUGAGCCUGUAACCUUUAAGAAAAAGCUGGAAAACCUGACAGUGGAGGAGCAGAGUGAAGUGAAGAUGGAGGUGGAGCUCAGUAAGAAAUCAGAUGAAGUCAGGUGGAUGAAGAACAGCAUCGUGUUGCAACCUGCAGGAAACCUGGAGAUUCGGGUAGAUGGAGCCAAGCAGGCUCUGGUCUUCAAGAGCGUGACUCAUGCUGAUCGUGGCAUCUACUCCUGUGAAACUCUGGAUGACAAGACCCAGGCCAAGCUCACUGUAGAAAUGAAGAAGAUCCAGGUAAUAAAGGGCCUAAAAGAAACCAAGGCACAUGAGACAGAGACAGUAACAUUUGAGGUAGAGCUCAGCCAGGCCGAUGUUGAAGGCUCCUGGACCAGAGAUGGGGCCAAGUUAAAGCCAGGGGCAAACUGUCGUUUCACAGCACUGGGAAAGAAGCACGCUCUUACACUGUCCAAUCUUAAGAAAGACGAUGCAGGAACCAUUUCCUUCCAAGCUGAGGGUGUCCAUACCUCAGGCAAACUGUUGGUCACAGAACCACCUGCUAUGAUCUCCGCACCCAUUAUGGAUAUGAGUGUUCCUGAGAAGGAGAAGGUUACUUUUGAAUGUGAAGUGUCCAGAACGAAUGCAGAUGUUAAGUGGUUCAAGGACGAUGUGGAACUGAAACCAGGGAAAAACUUUGGCAUCCAUUCCAUGGGCAGAAAGCGCACUUUGAUCAUCAGCAAAUGCACUCCUGCAGAUACAGGAAGUUACGUCUGUCGCACCACUGAUGAUAACACCUCUGCCAAGCUCACCGUUCAUGCCAGAGAUAUCAAGAUAAUUAAGAAACUUGAGGAUGUGGAGGUGAUGGAGAAGGAGAGUGCUGCAUUCGUCUGUGAACUCUCACACGAUGAAGUGGACUGUCAGUGGUACAAAGGAAGUACUAAACUCAAAGUCAGUGACAACAUCAAGAUGAGACAAGAGGGCAGAACCUAUGUACUGCUGUUUAAGUCUGUUUCCCCAGAAGAUAUGGGUGAUAUUAAAUUCACAGCUGAGAAGACCUCUUCAUCUGCAAAACUCAAAGUGAAAGAGCUGCCUGUCAAGUUUGUGAAGAGACUCAGGGAUAAGAUAGCGAUGUACAAGCAUCGUGGUCAUCUUGAAUGCCAAGUGUCACGUGCCAGUGCAAAGGUGAAGUGGUACAAGAACAAGACGGAAAUCAAACCCAGCAAGAAGCACGAGAUCAGAAGUGAAGAUGUGUACCGAAAACUCACCAUCAAUGAUGUGGACUCCGGGGAUGAAGACUCAUAUACCUGUGACGCUACUGAUGACAAGACGUCCUGUAAACUGCUUGUAGAAGAGCAGUCCAUCAGCAUUGUGCGGGAGCUUAGUUCAGUAGAAGUGACAGAACCCUUUGCAGCAGUCUUUGAGGUUGAAAUCAGUAUGGAACUGGUGAAACCUCCCAUAUGGACUCUGAAUGGAGUUGCUGUACAGGAGAGUGCCGAUGUGGAAAUGGAGAAAGAGGGCACGCUGCACCGUCUCACUUUCAAAAAGACCAAAGCAUCAAUGACUGGACCUGUGCAGUUUACAGCUGGGAAGAGCAAAUCUCUCGCCCAACUCACAGUAAAAGAGCGUCCACUUGAGAUUGCAGAGCCCAUUAAAGAUGUCAAGGCGAAGGAGAAAAGCUCUGCCCUGUUCUGCUGCAAAUUCUCCGCCUCACCCAAAGAGGUGAAUUGGUUUAAAGGUCAGGUUCAUCUGGCAGCAUCAGACAAGUACAAUAUGAAGAAAGACGCCACAAGGGCUCAGCUUACUAUUCAAGGACUAACUGGAGAAGACAGUGGAGAGUAUCGCUGUCAGUCUGGACCUGCUGAGACCAAAGGCACACUCACUGUUGAAGUGCGAGAAAUUAAAAUUACCAAGCACUUGGUCGACACAGAGGUCGAUGAAGACAGUGAUGCAGUGUUUACGUGUGAGAUUAACUAUGCAGAUGAAGAGGUACAGUGGCUUCUGAAGGACAAGGUGCUCUUCACUAAUGAAGUCAACACCAUCUCUCAUGAGGGGAAGGUUCACAAGCUCAUGCUGAAGAACUUGGCUCCUCAGGACGGGGGGACCAUCACCUUUCAAGUACGCAAGGUGAAAGAGUCUGUUUCACUCAAAGUAAAAGAGAAGCUUGCUGUGUUCCUCAAGUCUCUCGAUGAUGUCAUUGGAGAGGAGAAAGGCAUGAUAACUCUGGCGUGUGAGGCGUCCAAGCCCAGGGUUUCUCCUACAUGGAGAAAAGAAGGUAAAGUCUUGAAGGCUGGACCCAAGUAUGAGCUUCUCCACACAGGCAAGUCUUUGGGCCUGAUCAUCAAGGACGCCACCAAAGACGAUGCUGGGGAGUACAGCUGUGAUCUAGGAACUGAAAUGUCCAAGGCAAAGGUCACUGUAAGAGAGAUUGGUAUUGGAAUUACCAAAUGGCUUAAGUCUGCUGAGGUAAACGAGGGGGAGACAUGCAGCUUUGAGUGCAUCUUAUCUCGUGAGAACACAGAUGAGUGCUCGUGGACUCUGAAUGGCAAAGCCAUUUCAAAUGGAGGCCGUUUCAAAGUCGCCAAUAAAGGCCGCAAGUACAUGCUAACCAUAAAGGAUGUCACCCCUGCUGAUGCUGGUGAGGUGGUCUUCAACAUUCAGGACUUGAGCACUAAAACAACAUUAACAGUUGAAGGCAGAGCUUCAUCUGUGUCCAGAGGACUGCAGAAUGUUAGUGCUGUUCAAGGGGAAGAUGCUGUAUUUACCUGUGAGGUGACACAGGCUAGGUCCACUGUAAAGUGGGCCAAAGAAGGCAAAGCCAUCAAGAAGAGCCAGAAGUACGACAUCAGCCAAGAGGAGAAGGUCAUGAAGCUCACCAUCCAUAAUGUCUCUGCCCAAGACUCAGGAGAGUACAGCUGUGAAGUUGUUGGAGGUGCAACCACCAAAGGCCAACUGGAAAUAAAGGAGCCAAUCCAUAAAUUCACUAAAGUGCUAAAGGACAGCCAGGCAGACGAGAAGAGCUCUGUGACCCUGCAGUGUGAGACAGCUCAAACCCCAUCAGCAGUGAUCUGGCUUAAAGGGCACACAGAGCUCAAGGCAGGAGGUCGAUAUGAGAUGUCCCAGAAAGAGAGGGUCUUAACUCUCACCAUCAAACAGCUGGAGGAGAAAGACACAGAUAUCUACACCUGUGAUGUGAUCACUGCUAAGAACAUGGCAAAGGUGACGGUCAAAGCUGUGAAGCUGUCAGCUCCUCUUUCAUCUGAUAAAUUGGAGUAUAAAAGGCAGGAGACCAAGGAAACAAUCGGAGCUGCUAAAGACAAUCAAAUCAGGCAGGAGAUCCGAGAAACCGUGGAAGCUGUGACUGUGCUAACUACUGGGCAGACUCCUUCACUGCAGCUCCUCAAACAAGAGAUUCAGAGGGAUUCACAAGAGCGGAAAGUGGGAGGUGAAGUUGAGAAGACAGCUGCAGGAGUGUCUGUGAAACAAGAUACAGAGAAGCAGGGGACCAAAGAGCCAGUAAAAGUUACAACAGAGAAGUCAUCAGUUUCAGCAAUGACCUUCAAAGCUGAAUCUGAGAAGCAGGAAUCCAAACAGAGAGUUGAAGCCCAGCCUGUCCUUUUCAAAACUCUGCUGCAGAAGGUUGAGAGACAGGCAGGGGAGAUCGCUAUUCUUCGCUGUGAGACCACAAAACCCGGCGCAAUUGUUGUCUGGAGGCAUGGUGACAGUGUGCUGACAUCCAGCAGCAAGUACCACCUCAAACAGGAAGGGACUGUGGUCGAGCUUGUCAUCUAUAAACUGCAGGGAGCUGACUCUGGAGAAUAUUCCUGUGAUACAGGCAGUCAAAGGACGUCAGCUGUCCUCACUGUGCAGGAGGUCGAGAUUACCAUACUGAAAUUCUUGGAGAGCUGUGUUGUCUAUGAGGGGGAAGAGGUCCGCUUUGAGUGUUUGGUUUCUCAUGAGGAGGCACCUCUGGCCCAGUGGAAACUCCAGGACGUCCCACUACAGAAUAAUGAAAUGAACCUGAUCAAGACUGAGAGCCGAGUACACAGCCUCACACUCAGAGGUGUCACCACAGCCGAUUCAGGAACAGUUACUUUCACUGUGGGAAACCACACGUCCACUGCUUCUCUAACAGUCAGAGCAGCUGCUCCUGUGUUAUUCAAGAAGGAGCUGGAAAGUCAAGAGGCCACAGAAGGAGGCAAAGUCACCCUGUCCUGCGAAACAUCCAGCCCUGAUUGCAAGGUAACCUGGCGCAAGGGCUCGUCUGUACUCACCCAUGGGGAGAAGUUCACCAUUGAUCAGAGAGGAACCACUCACACCCUGGUUAUACACAAGCUGAAAGUGGAGGAUAGUGGAGAAUAUACCAGCCAUACAGGGGACAAGAAGAGCACUGCUACUCUGACUGUGAAAGAGCGUGUCCGCAUAAUCCGAGAACUCUACGAUAUCAUUGUCACCACUGGGCAGGAUGCAGUCUUUGAAGUUGAGCUGUCACACUCGGGCGUGACAAACGGGGAAUGGUGGCUUGCAGACAACCUCCUCCAGAAUAAUGAUUUGAAUCAAAUGAGCAGCCAGGGCAGAGUGCAGCGUCUGACCCUGAAGAUGGUAACCACGGAUGAAUCAGGAGAUGUUGCCUUCGUAGUGGGAGAAGAGAAGAGUGUGGCCUGUCUGCUGGUGGAGGAGAAGCCCAAAGUGAAAAUAAUAGAGAAGCCGCACAACACUUUGGCAUUAGAAGGUGAAACUGUCACUCUGGCCUGCACCAUCUCUGACCCCAAGGCCAGUGUCACCUGGAUCAGAAACAACGUGGCCAUCCAAGCAGGUCUCAAGUGUGACCUGAAGAAGAAUGGAGCUUUCCACCAACUUUGUAUCCUCAACGUGGUGCCUGAGGACUCAGGAGUGUACACGUGUGACACUGGAGAUGCACAAUGUGAGGUCACGGUGACCGUGGAAGGUGCCCCGGUGUUCUUCCGGAAAGAGCUAAAGAACGAGGAUGCCAUAGAGGGUGAUGAUUCUACCCUGCGCUGUGAGAUGUCUAAGCCAGGGAUUUGUGUUGAGUGGAGGAAAGGAGGCAUUGUCCUCCAGCCCGGUAAGAAGUAUAAGAUGAGGCAGGAAGGAUGCAUUCAAGAGCUCUGUAUAAGUAACUUGGAUCCUGAAGACAGUGGCUACUACACCUGUGAUGCGGGAGAUCAGCUCACUACGGCUUCUUUGGCAGUGCAAGUGAAAGAAGUCUUCAUUGUUUCUGGUCUUAAGACCACCGACGUCUUUGUUGGGGAAUGGGCAACCUUCUCCUGCCAGCUGUCUGGUAGGGCACCUGGCAAGGUGCAGUGGUGGUUGGAUGGCUCCUUGUUGGAAAACAGCCCUUAUAGUGAGAUAGGGCUGAGCCAGGGCCACACCUACACACUGACCUUAAAGAACCUGGCCCCAGACGACUCUGGCACUGUCAUGUUCAAAGCUGGCAGUUUAACAUCAAGCUCCAAGCUCUUAGUCAAAGAUCCCACAGUUGAAGUGGUGAGCGAGAUGGAGGACCUUUGUGUGGUCGAAAACCAACCGGCUGAGUUCAUCUGCCAGUAUUCACGUCCAGUCAAGGCUCAGUGGAAGAAAGACGGGCAGCCAUUGCAGCCUGAUGGCCGAAGGGUGGUGGUGGAGCAGGACUGGAAUGUGGCUCGCUUGUACAUUAGCAGUGUGUCCGCUGAGGACAAGGGCGCAUACUCCUGUGAGGCAGAGGGGACCUGUGUGGUAGCUUCACUUCAUGUGGAAGGCAAACCUAUAACUAUUGUUCAGGGCCUGGAGAAUGCAGAAACCUUUGAUGGAGGGGAAACACUGUUUGAGUGUGCCUUGUCUCGUCCUGAGAGCAAAGACUGCCGCUGGCUUCUCGAUGGAAAACCAGUGAAGGAAUCUCCUAAUGUUGAGAUUGUGUCAUUUGAGAGUGGCCGUCGUCACCUGCUCCUGCUGAAGGAGUUGCAUGUUAAAGACAGUUGCACAGUGACCUUCAAAGCUGGGACAGCAUCCACAUCUGCCCAACUCUCUGUCAAGGGGUGGCAGCUGGACGUUGUGAAGGGUCUGGAAGACAAAGUGGCUGCCGUGGGAGAGAGGGUUGAAUUUUGCGUCGAGCUGACUGAACCCAUCCCCGCGGCAGAAGUAGCCUGGUAUGCAAAUGGAGUUGAGCUCAAGCCCAGCGAUCUCUGGGCUGUGAGGGCUGAUGGCUGUUCCUAUCACCUUGUCCUGAGACACGCACCACUUCUGCCCCAGCAGGAAAUUACAUUUGCUGCUAGAGAUGCCCUCUCUUUGGCCAAGCUCACUAUCAUCACUGUACCUGAUCCCCCAGAGGACCCAGAAGUCCUCAGUAAGACCAAACAGUCUAUAACCCUCUCUUGGUUCACUCCACUACAUGAUGGAGGGAGUCCUAUUCUUGGCUACAGAGUGGAGUUGCGGCUGGUAGACAGCGCCCUCUGGCUUCCGUGUCAGUCCGAACCUGUGUGUAACACAGAGUUUUUGGUUGAAAAUCUUAUCCCCGGGAGUGGCUACAGGUUUAGAGUGGCAGCCAUCAACAGAGCUGGGACUGGAGAGCCUGUAGAGCUGCCUCAGACUGUGCAGCUUGAGGCACCUACACAGCCACCAACUAGUCCAGAGGCAAAACAGGGCGAGCCAGAGGCCCUGGGGCAGCCCAAUCUGCCUCCAGAAGCUGCUGAGGAAGGUGAUGUCCACGAGCUGUGGGAGGCUUCGGCUAAGAAACGUCGCAUGAGUCGAGAGCCCACUUUGGACUCCAUCACUGAACAACCUGAAGACGAUGGUAAAGGUGGUAAAAAACAAUCAGAUCAGAAGGAUCUAAAGUCCUCAGAGAAAGUGGAAACCAAAUCUGAAGAGAAGGAGAAGGCCAUUGUGUCUAAGAAGCAGACAGAGUCCAACUUGUGCACCAGCUCUGAGGAUGAAUCUCUUUCAGGGGGUCCUACACUUGUGUCCUACCUCAAGAAGAGCAGCAAAUCUACUGUCACAGCCGUCAAUGAAGCAGAGACAAUGACCACUGAGAGGUUCUUUGCAAAUUUCCAGAUGGCUGAGCAGAGAACAUUGCUGCAAACUGAAGUGAAAACAACCACAGUUCAUCAGACAGAUAAAAAAGAGGUGACUACAGAGGAGACAAACAUCAUGGAGAUCAGUAAAGAGGAUGAGCCUGAGCUUAGAGAAGCCGCCAUCAAAAUUCAAGCUGCCUUCAAGGGGUACAAGGCCCGUAAGGACAUGCGUCCUGUCUUCAAAGAUGUCUUUAAAGAUCAGACCAAAGAACCAAAUGGCACCAUCCAUCUGGAAUGUGUGGCAGAAGGUAAACCUGAAAAGGUGUGUUGGAUGAAGGAUGGUGAACCACUAAUUGACGGCAAGCACCACCAUAUUGAUAUCUAUAAUGAUGGCACUUGCUCACUGGUCAUCACUGCCAUCACCACAAAGGAUACAGGAGUUUACACUUGUGAAGUCACCAACAAGUUCGGAGUCAACUCUCAUAGCGGUAAGGUCACAGUAGGGACAGUGAGAGAAUCCUCUGGGCGACGGCCACUGACGGUGGGCUACAGUGCGGACAGUGAGCCUGAGAGCUCCUCAGGUAGUGAGAUGGACGAGUCACUGAGGAAGGCGAGCAGACGUCUCCGCCGCCUGUUGCGCACAUGUCUCCCACCAGAUGUUGAGGAAGAACCAUUUGUCAGUGCAGAUGAAGGAGACCUGCGAGCCCCAGAUCCUCAGUCUUACCGUGAGGAUGACAAUUACAUCUACAUUCGCUUUGAUUCAAGGACAGAGGCUGAAGUUGCCUCUAAGAGGUUCCAGGAGAUGUUUACAAUCCACGGAGUUCCUGUAGAGACAACCAUCCAGGAGGCAGGGCCUCUUAGAAUGGAGUUGAGAAUUAAAAAGGUGGGCUACAUCCAAGAUGGCACACAGACCCCCACACAAGAAAGACAGCCUCCUGCAUUCAUGGCUGGAGCCCAGGCUGCCCCAGUUUUUCUGACAGAGCUGCAAAGCCAAGACGUUCCAGAUGGUUAUCCCGUCAGCUUUGACUGUGUUGUGAUUGGCAAGCCUCCUCCAACUGUCCGCUGGUUCAAAGAUGGCAAAGUGCUGGAGGAAAAUGACCAUUAUAUGAUAAAUGAGGAUCUGGAGGGCUGCCACCAACUCAUCAUCACCUCUGUGCUGCCCACUGACAUGGGCGUCUAUCGCUGCACAGCUGAAAACAGCAGCGGCAUCGCAGCCACUAAGGCCGAACUCAGGGUUGACUUGUCUUGCAGCUCAGAUUAUGACACUGCUGCUGAUGCCACUGAGACAUCUUCAUAUGUCAGUGCCAAAGGCUACAUGUCCAGGGAAACUGAGACCUUUGAGUCUGUGGCUGAAGAUGAUCAGUUACCACAGGUUUUGGAGGAGCUUCAUGAUGUUCAUGUUUGUCCAGGUUCACCUAUUGCUAAAAUGCAACUUAAAGUAAAAGGCUUCCCCAAACCCAGAUUAUACUGGUUUAGAGAUGGCCACCCUCUGCGGCCUUCAAAAAGAAUCCUGUUUCUAACAGACAGAGAUGUUCACGGCCUGGAGAUUCUGGAGGUGAAGAAAGAAGAUAUGGGGGAGUACUCUGUUUACAUCACUAAUGCAGCUGGUUCUGCGUACUCCUCUGCCAGACUGAUAGUUCUAGGUCCAGGGGAGAUUAUGCCACAAGAUAAGAAAGAUUCCAAAGAACCUCUGGUGCCACCACGCUUCCUCGAAAGGUUCAGCAACAGGAAGGUGAAACAAGGAGCAAGCAUUACACUGUCUGUCAAAGUAGAAGGAUCUCCCACGCCCAUGGUCUCCUGGCUAAAGGAGGAGUCAGUGGAGGAUGUCCUGUGGAUUAAGCCUGAUACCAAGGGGUAUAAAAUAGCAAGCUCUGGACGCCAGCACAGCCUCAUCUUGAUGGAUGUGGGCACAGAGUACACUGGUGCCUACACCUGUAUUGCUACAAACAGAGCAGGACAGUCCAUCUGCACGGCCCACCUCGAGGUGGAUGACGCAUCACAACAAAAGAAAGAGACUAAAGCCUCAGAGGUUCUUGGGAUUACAGUCAGUCCUCCAGAGGGAGAGGCUAGCACUGGAAAAGAAGGAAAAGUACCGUACCUAGGUGAAGUAGGAUCAGAGGAAUUCCUUAUGAAACUCACCUCCCAGAUCACUGAAAUGGUAUCAGCCAAGAUCACUCAGGACAGCUUUCAGAAUCAUGAAGUGCUCCAGUGGAUGAAAUCUUGGCCCAAAAAUACCACUUCAUUACGCGUACCUGGUGUUGACAGUGAUGAUGAGACCAAGACUCCUUCUCCAUCACCUCAUCACGGUCGCUCUCGUCCUCCCUCCCUCAUCGCUGACUCCUCCUCGGAGUCUGAUGAAGGGGACGCCAGAGGGGAGAUGUUCGAUAUCUACGUGGCAACAGCGGACUAUAACCCCACCAUAGCAAGCAAAGAAUCAAUCUCUCUGAAGGAGGGACAGUACGUUGAGGUUUUGGACUCAGCUCAUCCGCUCAAAUGGUUGGUCCGAACCAAACCAACCAAAACGACGCCCUCCCGCCAAGGCUGGGUCUCACCUGCCUACUUGGACAAGAAACUAAAGCUCUCAGCUGAUGCAGGUGACCUUCCAGAGACAAGUGUAGAGGAGGUUUCUGAGGGUGAAUACAAGAAGAAAUUAUUCCAACUGUUCCAGGACCUGAUAAAUGGUGAAUCAGAGUUUGUAAAGGAGGUUGACUUCUUUACCUCUCAUCACAUGAAACAAGCAGACAGCCCUGAUUCACCUCCUGAUGUCAACAGCCAAAAGGAAACAAUAUUCAGGAACAUUGAUGAUAUCAAGUCCUUCCACAGCAAAGCGUUCCUCCCAAAGUUGAGUGACUGUGACACAGAUGAUGAUGUCGCCAUGUGCUUCCUGAAGAAUAAGGACGGCUUUGAGAAGUACCUCCAGUAUCUUGUGGGUCAGGCUCAGGCAGAAUCUGCAGUCAGUGACAAGGCUGUCCACCGCUUCUUCAAGGAGUACACUGAGAAAGUGCAGGCUGGUGCAGACCCUUCAGAUCCGCCUGUACGCAGCAUAAACACCUACCUGCAACAACCACUGGAGAGGAUUCAGAAAUACAAGGCUUUCCUCAAGGAGCUCAUUCGAAACAAGGCGAGAAAUGGUCAGAACUGCUGCCUCUUGGAAGAAGCGUACGCAAUGGUGUCUGGACUCCCUCAGCGCUCUGAGAACACCCACCAUGUCACCAUGAUCGAAAACUAUCCCGCCACCCUGGAAGUACUUGGAGAGCCAAUUAGACAGGGACCCUUUCAAGUGUGGGAGGGAGCUCCUGGAAUUAGGUCGUCCUCUAGAGGUCACCACCGCCACGUCUUCCUCUUUAAGAACUACUGCAUAAUCUGCAAACCCAAGAGAGACAGCAACACUGACACACAAGCAUAUGUCUUUAAGAACAUGAUGAAGCUGAACAACAUUGAUGUGAAUGAGACGGUGGAGGGUGAUGACAGGGCCUUUGAGAUCUGGCAUGAACGUGAGGACUCUGUGAGGAAAUACACUUUGCAGGCCCGAACUGUCACCAUCAAGAACUCAUGGCUGAGAGACCUCAGAGAACUGCAGCAGCGAUACAGCAUGCCUGCAUGGAGUCCCCCUGACUUUGAUGAAAUUCUGGCAAACUGCACAUCAGAGCUGGGACAGACAGUGAAACUGGCUUGCAAAGUCACUGGAGUACCCAAACCUACAGUCACCUGGUACAAGGAUGGACGUGCAGUGGAGGCAGACCCUCAUCACAUCGUUAUUGAGGACCCUGAUGGUUCCUGCACACUGAUCCUGGACAACAUGACGGCUGAUGAUUCUGGACAGUACAUGUGCUUUGCCUGGAGCUCAGCAGGCAACGCCAGCACUCUUGGAAAGAUCACGGUUCAGGUACCUCCUCGUUUUGUGAAUAAAAUGAGGAAUGCUAUCUUUGUGGCUGGUGAGGACGCUCAGUUCACCUGUGUCAUACAGAGCGCCCCCAACCCCAAGAUCAGGUGGUUUAAAGACGGCCGGCUGCUGACUGACCAGGAAAAGUAUCAGACCUACAGUGAGCUCCGUAAUGGAGUUCUGGUCUUGAUAAUAAAGAACCUGACAGAGAGAGACUUGGGACACUACGAGUGUGAGCUGUCUAAUCGUCUGGGCAGUGCCAAGUGUGCAGCAGAUGUAGUCUUACCCUCUGCUGUGGCCCGAACUGGUGAACAUGCCAUCACUAUUGAAGUUACUGAGCAGGAAACCAAAAUACCAAAGAAAACCAUCAUCAUUGAGGAGACUAUAACCACCGUGGUGAAGAACCCUCGUAUGAGGAGGCACCGAUCCCCCGGGUUCACUCUCACUGCAGCCCACCGCUCUGAAACCUCCACCCCAGAGCCCCCUGCAGCCAGGCUGAGGAGGAUGCCGACACCAAGAAAGACCACUAUCCCUACCCUCUACGUCACUGAGCCUGAGGGUGCUGAGGCCAGAGCCAUGGAGAUUAAACCCAGGUGGGUUGAGGUGGAGGAGGUCAUUGAGUACAAGGUCAAUAAAUCUCCCAGGCUGCUCAGGAGGAGAGGCAUCUCACCUGCAGGCUCUGAUCGUGCAGCCACUCCCUCCAGACCCAAAAGGUCUCCACUGGAAAACCCAAACGCUAACAACUCCAAUAACAAGCUGGUGGAGCAGGCGCAGGCCGAGCUGCAAGGAGACGUCAGCAGCCAGCCGCUCUCCUGGGAGGAAGUGCAGGGCAACGCUCCCUCUGCUGAGCCACGUGAGCUCUCAACGGUCCUCACUCCAGCUGGAGAUGACAGCAACGACAGCGACGACCUGGACGAUCAGCAAACUGUGAUUUUUGAACCUGAAGAUGAAGAUAACGAUCCCAUUCUGUCCAGAGAGCAGGAGCCUAAGAGCCUGAGACAAGGAGAUCAUGUUUUGACCCUUGAGGACUUGGAGGAUUAUGUUCCAGAGGAAGGAGAGACCUACGGCUCCUCCAACGUUCCUGCUGAAAAGCCUUGUGAGAUCUCAGUGUUGCAGAGGGAGAUCGGCGGCUCCGCAGUGGGGCAACCGGUGCUCCUCAACGUGGGGCGGCCUGUUGUGCCGAGGCAGAGGAGCAGCUUCUUUGGUCGCUUCAAGGAGCAUCUCUCCAGCAGCCUCUUCUCCUCCUCCUCCUCCUCCUCCGUCUCUCAAGCCAGCGGAACGAGGCCCAGGACAGAGAGGCGCGUCCCCAUCCAAGUGAGCCACGCGAAGCUGGAGGUGAAGCCCUCAUACUGCUCAGAGGUGCAGAGGGUCGAGGGGGGGCAGCAGAGCUUCAAAACCAAAGUAUCAACUCAGACGUACGGAUACACAUCAGUGGGAAACCCAGUCAUUCUUCAAAUUAGAGAUCACCAUUUUCCAAACCAGUAGAAGCAAACAUUUAAAAAUUGGUACCACAACCCUCUUAGUCUUAAAUGGGGACAUUUCUACUGACCUGAUGAAAAAGAGCAGAGAAAAGAAGACGUAUAUUCACUGCAUUUGACCGACCAUUCCAUUUUGAAGCUUGCCAUCAGAUUAUAGGCUCAUCCUCUGAGUCUUUUUAACGGUUAGACUGGUCUCUUUAGACCAGGUGAGUUGGAAAAUGAAGGGGUGAGCAGGUUUUCAGUCCGGUUACAACUGCUACAUGUCAUCUAUGUGUUGUACAACGCACAUGAUGGACAGAAGCCCAGAAACUAAGGUUUGACAUUUUACUGACGUCUGUUGCUGAGAAAGAUUUUGUAAAAUAAAAUGUUUCCCUCAUGAAUAACUUCACAAAAUCAUAAAUACUGAUCUACUAAUAUCACCUAAUCCAUGUAUGAUCUUCAUGAACGUUUACCAUAUUCAUUAACAAAUAGUUUAGAUAUUAAUCUUUGCGGUUUGACUUUUGUACCUUUGCACAUUCGCAGUGCCUUGAAUUCCUGGAUCAGCAAACGUUGAGAGUUCUUGACUGUUUAUGACGUCAUGACAACAUGUCUUUUUCAGAACUAAGCUAAUUUAAAUACACAACACAGAUCGUGUAACGUUGACAACAGUGUUUUGGUGACUGUUGAGGUCAGAGUUGUCGAAGUGAAAUGAAAGAUGUGCGGUCAAAUCAUGGUCAUCGAGGUAAAAUCAGACAGAGGUUCUCCGCUUCUCUGGUUGUGAAUGAUUUCCCAGCGAGCAGCUUUUACAAAUAUGAGAUUUCUACAAGAAAGUUGUUUAUAACAACCUGAUUCACAUCGGAUCUCUAACCGUGUCUCUUCAGAUAUUUGGGAAUUGAAUGUUAAACUUCACUUUUUAGACAUUUUGAUGCAGAGCAACGACCUGUGAACUCACAGGAUGCCACAGGGAUAUUAAUAUGUAAGUGAUAGAUAUUUAGAUGAGUGGCUGCAUGUUGUUUGUUUUUCCAAAGAGAAAUUGGUUCAUGUGAAGUAACCUGACCCGUCAUCGUCAUAUCUGAAGUGAAUGUUUGUGCGUUUGUUUUAGAGCUCACAGAACCUACUACCUUGUCAAUGCAAUUUAAAGGUGACUAAAGUAACUGACGCUUUAGUGAAGUGUGGUGAUGAUGUUGUUUAGAGUCUUGUCUUAGUCACAAGGAUGAUGGUUUAUAUUAAAGGCACUAACACAUUGUAACUGCUUGUACUGUACAUGUGUAGUUUUUGGAGACAUGUGACAUCAGUGUCAGUGUUAAAUCUAAAUUAAAUACAUAUACUGAAAAUACAUUUGUUUCUUUAUUACAUGAACACAUACGGAUUCUUCCAGUGUUGUGUUUUAACAUUUAUUGGAGUUUCAAAAGGUAACAGUCUCACUGCUGGACAAUUAAUGGAUGUGGUACAUAGUGACAUUGUAUUUCCACAACAAGCACAAUAUGUUAUUGCUGGUUAAACGGCAAACGAUGAUUAAUUAACAAUUAAUUAUAUCUUACAACAAUACCUCAACAUUAUCUGCACAUAGGAAUGGGUGUUACAAAGGUGCCUGAAUAUUAUUAUCUAGGUACUUUCAAUAUCAAGGAAA